AUGGCCGCCGCUCCUGAGAUCCCCAAGAUGCAGAAGGCUAUCAUCUAUGACCAGCCCGGCACUGUCUCAACUAAGAUCGUGGAUCUUGAGGUACCAGAGCCUGGUACUGGUGAAGUCUUGAUUAAUCUAACACAUUCGGGCGUCUGCCACUCCGACCUCGGAAUCAUGGAAAACACAUGGAAAGGCCUCCCAGCCCCAACCCAGCCAGGCCAAGUAGGCGGCCACGAAGGCGUCGGCAAAGUAGUGAAGCUCGGCCCGGGGACAGAGUCCUCAAACCUGAAAAUCGGCGACAGAGUCGGCAUCAAAUGGAUUUCGAGUGCAUGCGGACACUGCCAACCCUGCCAAGCCAGCACCGACGGCCUAUGCUUCAACCAAAAAGUCUCGGGGUACUACACCCCAGGAACAUUCCAACAAUACGCCCUCGGCCCAGCAAAUUACGUCACCCCAAUCCCAGACGGCCUCGACUCAGCCGCAGCAGCACCGCUCCUUUGCGCCGGCGUAACAGUCUACUCAGCGCUGAAGCGCAGCCACGCCCGCCCAGGCCAAUGGGUGGUUAUCUCCGGUGCCGGCGGCGGAUUGGGCCACAUGGCCGUGCAGCUCGCGAGUCGGGGUAUGGGGCUGCGGGUGAUUGGGAUUGAUGACGGCAGCAAAGCGGAGCUGGUGAAAGAUUCCGGCGCGGAGCACUUCGUCGACAUAACGCAGUUCCCGCGGGACGACAAGGGCGCGGCGCUGACGAAACACGUGCAGGCGUUGACGGAUGGGCUGGGCGCGCAUGCGGCGAUUGUAUGCACUGCUGCGAAUGCGGCGUACGCGCAGGCGCUGCCGCUGCUGAGGUUUAACGGGACGCUGGUUUGUGUCGGGAUUCCGGAGAACGAGCCGCAGGCUAUUGCGACGGCGUUUCCGUUUGCAAUGAUCAACAAGCAUACUACUAUUACGGGGUCGGCGGUUGGGAAUCGUAGGGAGGCUAUUGAGACGAUGGAGUUUGCUGCUAGGGGGGUUAUUAAGGCGCAUUAUCGGGUUGAGAAGAUGGAGGCUUUGACGGAGGUUUUUAAGGAGAUGGCUGAAGGGAGGGUCAAGGGGAGAGUUGUAUUGGAUCUUUCUGGUUAA